GUGUUUUUGCAGCAAUCAUCCCAUGGAUACUUCCCAUAGCUGGGUUUAGCAUUGUGACAAGAGUCAUUCUAUUUCCAUGCAUAGUUGUAUUUCUAAUGAUUGAGUUACGAAGAAGGCAUUUGUCGAUUUAUGAUGCAAUUGAAAGUUUCCUGCACGGUGAGAACAAUUUCGCGCCCAUUAGAUAUUCCAACUCCAACAUAAGAAAGAUGACUAGGAACUUUAAAGAGAAACUAGGCCAAGGAGGUUAUGGUUCAGUAUAUAAAGGCAAGCUUCAAAGUGGUCCUAAUGUAGCAGUGAAGAUCUUGAGCAAGCCCAAAGCUGAUGGGCAAGACUUCAUCAACGAGAUUGCCACAAUCGGGAGGAUUCAUCAUGUUAACAUAGUACAACUUAUUGGCUAUUGUGCGGAGAGAUGUAAGCGUGCUCUCGUGUAUGACUUCAUGCCUAACGGAUCACUUGAAAAGUACAUCACACCGCGAGAAAGAGGAGGUGAUCAACUGUUAAGUUGGGACAGAAAGUUUGAAAUUGCUCUUGGAGUUGCUCGAGGUAUUGAAUACUUGCAUCGAGGUUGUGACUUUCAGAUUCUACAUUUUGACAUCAAGCCACACAACAUACUUUUGGAUGAGAAUUUCAUUCCAAAACUGUCUGAUUUUGGUCUUGCAAAAUCAUACCCGACGGAUAAGAGCAUUGUUACCUUAACAGCAGCCAGGGGAACAAUUGGUUAUGUAGCUCCAGAGUUGAUCAACAGAAGCAUUGGUCCAAUAUCUUAUAAGGCAGAUGUCUAUAGCUUUGGAAUGUUACUCAUUGAUAUCUUAGGCUUGAAAACAAACUCGGCAGUCAGAGAGGAUAUGUCAAGCCAGUACUUCCCACAUUGGAUUUAUGAUCAACUCAACAAGGGAAAGGAGAUUGAAGUACUAGACGAGACACAUGAAGACAUAAAGAAGCUGACUUUAGUUGCUUUGUGGUGCAUACAAAUGAAUCCACUUGAUCGUCCCUCAAUGACUAAAGUAGUAGAAAUGCUUGAAGGCGAAUUACAAGCACUGCAAACGCCUCCCAGGCCCUCUGAAUCGCGGGAACCAUGUUCAUUGGAAUUCAAUCUAAUUAGUUCUUCAAUAAGCUCAACUGAGUCUGUGAAGUUGCUUGAGAGUUGUUCUGAUUCUGCAAAAAUAGACGUAAUUGUUGCUUGACAUCAUAUAUUAUGUACGUAAUUCGUGUUGUUCUGAAUAAAAUAUCAAGUUCAUGCUAAA